AUGGCAGUUCCUCAGGCUACAAAAGAAUGGAUUACUGCGGAAGACGGCGAGAAAAUAUACACAAAGAAAUGGCUGCCUGCAAACGGAUCACCGGUAGCAACUGUGGUCUUCUGCCAUGGUUUCGGUGAACACAUAAAUCGCUACUGCCACGUAUUUGAAAAGUUUGCCGAAGCUGGAAUAGAAGUAUAUGGUUAUGACCAACGAGGAUUUGGUCGUACUGGCAAAAAAAAUAAUAAUCUCGGUGUCACUGGCGGAUGGGGUAUUUCCUGUUCAGACAUUACUGAUGCACUUAGGAAACAACGUAAACAAGGAAUUCCUCAGUUUCUUAUGGGUCAUAGUAUGGGUGGCGGCCUUGUGCUUCACUAUGCAACAGUGGGAAUGGAAAGAAACAAUAUAUCUGGCGUCAUUGCAUGCUCCCCGUGGCUGGAUCAGCCUCCUGCAAUAAGAGCAGGAUGGAUGCAAAUGUGGUUGGGUGAUAUUGGGUCAAUCCUCAUGCCGAACAGGACCGUAUCCCUUUCUGUUGAUGCAAAAGGAAUCAGUCAUGUCCCUGAAGUAAUAGAGAAAUAUAAAAAUGACAAACUUAACAUUUCAAAGCUAGCGAUUUCUGGAGUGAUGGAGAUUUUACACAAUGGUCGGAAAAUACGCGAUACGGAUUAUAUUAAUUUGACACAGCCUCUUCUGAUGGCGCAUGGGACUGAUGAUCCAAUAACAUGUUUUCACGCUUCAAAGGAACUUUUUGAUAAAGCUCCAUCAACUGACAAGAAAUUUGAGCCAUGGAAAGGACUAUAUCAUGAACUUCACAACGAACAUCAACAAGAUCAAGUGAUCAAAUUAUACAUUAACUGGAUAUUAGAACGCGCUGGAAAGAGUAAUUGA